UACGAGAUACAUCGAUAGCUAAUACUUAGGGAAAACUACACACCGAAACUUGACAGCUGAUAGGCUGGCUGACGGAUACUGACCAAGCCGUUGUACUGCGUCUUAAUGAGCUUACCAUUCUGUUUUCCUCGAUUGGCCAUCUGGUGUUACAUCGGUAGCUCCGAUGGUCUAACAACAGAAUAACCAUAGAAACGCCGAUAACAAUCCUCUAAACAGCGACAUGCACGUGGGAAAAUUGGCCUGGACGCCGAGCCUGGAUGUUGACAGAUGUAAAGGGUCAGUAUUGGCCCUGACGGAUCUGGAUGAUUUUUGCGCGGAAAAUGACGACGUUAUUUAAAACCAACGUCGAACCGAAGGACGUCUUCAUUCACUUUCUUUCCAACCACAUUCUUUAACUUCAUGUCGUCCGAUUGUUCCGUCGAUGAUGCUGAGAAGGGCAUCGCGGAGGGGUGCUAUGCCAUCCCCAUUACUCUCCAGAGUUCACGACCCUCUAUAGUCAGUCAGGACUCCUGUAGUGGCAAGGGUGGUUUGCCACCUCCGUGUUUACCUCUACCCCCUCUGCCUCACGCCAAGUUUGAAACGAUCGCUCUUACACUUCCAUCGAAAGAAUUGUCGCAGAAUGAGCUGGCUCUCAUUCGCAGACCAACCAAAAAGCGGGUUAGCAGUUGGGUCAAGUUCAGAUUGUGGUACAAUACCUAUCGGCGCUUUUUCACCCUCGUUAUCUUGUUCAACUUUAUUUCGCUCAUUUGCGCCGCCACUCGUACUUGGGAAUAUCCUCGUAACUACACGGGCGCCUGGAUCCUUGGGAACCUCUUGUUUGCUGUUCUGGUACGGACAGAGCUGUUCACUAGAUUUUUAUAUCUUGUCUUGUGCAGCGCAUUUGCGAAGUGGCCACCGCUGUGGUUCCGCCUUGGUAUCUCCUCAGCGUUACAACAUGUCGGUGGGAUUCACUCUGGAUGCGCCAUUUCGGCGGUUAUGUGGUUGAUCUUCAAGUGCAGCCUGAUCUUUUAUGACCGCGUCAGUCUCAACGGCGCCAUUCUCGCAUUUGGUGUUUUGACAAACUUGGCGGUUGGUUUUGCCAUGUUGUCUGCUCUGCCUUGGCUGAGGAACUCUCAUCACAACGUUUUCGAGCGACACCAUAGGUUCAUGGGAUGGGCUGGCGUUGUUUUCACCUGGGUCUUCGUUUUCCUCGGCGAUGCUUAUGAUUCACAGACAAAGACGUUCUACGUAAGCAAGGUCGCGCACCAACAGGACUUCUGGUUCUUGUUGUUCAUGACCAUCCUGAUCAUUAUACCAUGGCUUACUGUCCGCAGAGUUCCAGUGGAGAUAACCAUCCCGUCACCGAAGGUUGCUAUAAUUAAACUUAAGCGAGGAAUGCGCCAAGGUUUGGUUUGCCGAAUUUCCGAAGGACCAUUGAUGGAAUACCACGCCUUUGGCACAAUCAGUACAGGUAUCGAAUCAGGAGAGCACUACUUGAUUUCCGGUGUGCAAGGAGAUUUCACGCGGCGACUUGUAGAGAAUCCACCCACACAUCUCUGGACAAGAGAACUCAAGUUCGCUGCUGUAGGAGCUACAUCGAGUCUUUACCGACGAGGUCUCCGUGUAUGUACCGGCACAGGCUUGGGAGCAUGUCUUUCUACAUGUAUUCAGAACCCCAACUGGUAUCUGUUGUGGAUGGGCUCUGACCAGGAGAAAACAUUCGGACCCGAAAUCUCAGGCCUGAUCAAAAAGCACUUGUAUCCCGACCGAGUGACGCUCUGGGACUCGAAGGCGCGCGGCACACGGGCGAAUACUGUGAAGAUUAUCAAGGACAUCUAUCACGCCUGGGGCGCGGAGGUGGUAAUAAUUACCACCAACGCGCAGGGAAAUAAAGAGAUGAUGGAAGGUCUGAAGGAAGCCGGGAUUCCAUGCUUUGGAACCCUCUGGGACUUUUAA